CCGACACCGCUUCCCGCUCUCGUCGCUGUCCAGGCUAAUGGGCGGCCUCCGCGUCCUCGUCGCCGGGGACAAGUCGCACGCCGGAAAGUCCACAAUCUCGCUCGGGCUCCUCGGCGCGCUGCUCGAGGCCGGCUACAAGCCCGCCGAGCUUGCCUACAUCAAACCGGCGACGCAGUGCGUCUCAUCGACGCUGACUGCUCGCUUCUGCGAGGCGAACGGAAUCGCGUGCGUCCACGUCGGACCGCUCGUCUUCUACCGCGGCUUCACGCGCCACUUCCUCGACGAGCAUCCUGACGACUCGGUCGCCGCGUCGGCAGAACUCGUCCAGAAGUGCGCCGCCGCCGUCGAGAGCCUCUCUGCGGGGAAGAGGCUUACAGUGAUAGACGGCGUCGGGUACCCAUCGGUCGGCUCCAUCGUCGGCUGCUCCUCCGCCGACCUCGCCGUUGCGUGCGGCGCGCCGGUCCUCCUCGUUGGCAAAUCAGGCUUGGGCGACGCGAUCGACUCGUUCAACCUCUGCGCCCGCUACUUCGAGGCGCAGCGCGUGCCUGUCCUCGGCGCGGUCUUCAACCGCGUGCCCUCCUCUGGCUUCUACGGGCGGGAGAAGGUGUCGGCCUACUUCACAAAGUACUUCGAGACCCACCGGCCGAAGCAGCGCGUGUAUGGCCUGCUGCCAGAGGCGAGCGGGCUCGACACCGGUGCGGAGGAGUCGUGCUCCUUCGCCUUCAAGCACCCGGAGGUGCCGCCGCCCGCGGGGCCGAUGAGCGAGGGCGACGAGGCGGCGGUGAAGGCGGUCGGCCAGCUCUUCGCAGACUGCGUCGACAUGACGGCGCUGCUGCAGGACCUCGAUGCUGCCUGCAAGUCGCCGGAUGCUUACACGAACAAGCUCGUCUGCUUCGCCGGCACGGAUGCGGCCUGA